AUGGACAACACAACUAUCAAGAAAUAUGAGAAGGGUGAUCAAGUCCAGGCGUGCCAAGACCAAGACUCGACGAAAGGGCCGCAAACGGACGAUUUGACUAGGCCAGCCACCAAUGAGAUCCUUCAAUCUGAGAAGAGCACACCACGAGACAUCCAAAGAGCAGAUGAGCCGUACUCCAUCUACAGCCAAAAGACAAAAACAUUUCUCAUUAUAUCGGUCUCGUUUAUGGGAAUCAUUUCUCCCCUUUCCUCAGCAGUCUAUUUGCCAGCCGUUCCCCAGAUUGCCCACGACCUGAACGUUUCGCCAUCUUUAAUCAAUCUCACCAUCACAACUUACAUGAUAUUUCAAGGCAUUGCUCCGUCCUUUAUUGGAACCUUUUCUGAUACUUACGGUCGUCGACCUGCCUAUGUCAUAUGCGGCAUCAUAUAUCUGGCGGCAAACAUAGCACUUGCUCUCAACAGCACUUACGCAGGUUUAUUGGUUCUUCGAUGCAUUCAAUCAUGUGGAAGCUCGGCUACUAUUGCUCUCGGCUCUGCCACGGUAGCCGAUCUAGUUACGCGUGCGGAAAGAGGCAAAUUCAUCGGAUACGCGGGAAUGGGUGUGACUCUAGGCCCAGCUAUUGGCCCCGUUGCAGGAGGUCUCAUCACAGAGAACUUGGGCUGGAGAGCUCUAUUCUGGUUCCUGACGAUUCUAUCCGGCGUGCUUUUUUUGUUGAUUUUUGUAUUUCUACCCGAGACAUGCCGCUCAGUGGUUGGGAAUGGCAGUAUCCCUGCCCCUUGGUGGAACAUGUCUCUGCUGGCCUACAUCCAGCAUCGGAGAAAUCGAUUUGGAGGUGGUUCAGAGAAGCCGGCCGCUAAGAAGAAAAGACCCAAUCCAUUUGCUGCGCUCAAGAUUCUUCUUCACAGAGAAUCCGGGAUUGUGCUUGGAUUCGGCUCGCUCAUGUAUGCCGGAUACUUUUCCAUCCUCACAACGCUUUCCAAUGAGCUUUCUGUCCGAUUUGGGUUCAGUCCAGUCAUCAUUGGCCUUUGUUACCUUCCAAUUGGCGUGGGCAGCAUUACCACGAGAUGGACAGUGGGAUAUUUGAUCGACCGCAACUUCAAGAGGCAUGCUGCCAAGGCGGACUACGAGUUUACUGCCAAUCGUCAGCAAGACAUGAGCAAGCUGAACGUGGAACGGGCCCGUUUAGAAGUAUCUCUGCCUCUUAUAUAUCUGUCCAGCGGCAUAGCAUUAGCCUACGGUUGGAUCAUGGAGAGUAAAUCCUCCCUGGCUGGUAUUGAGGUUGCCCUCUUUUUCAUUGGCAUGUUUUUCACGGGGGCCUUGAACGGCCUAAACGUGUUGGUGGUAGAUAUUAACACGGAUACACCUGCCACCGCCGUCGCAGCGAAUAACCUCUUCCGCUGUUUAAUUGGCGCUGGGGCAGUGGCUAUUGCUACGCCCAUGAUAAACAGAAUCGGAAUGGGCUGGAUGGGCGUGUUCAUUGCAGGGCUUUGGGUUGUGUUCAGCCCGUGUAUCUGGCUUAUAAUGCUGUAUGGACACAGCUGGCGAUUGAAAAAGGGCGACAAAGAGAUAUGUUGA